AAAAUAUUGAUGAACAAAAAAAAGUAGAUAAAGAUUUUUUUGAAUUUAUUGCAAGUUUAGAAGAGAUAGAAGCUUCUUUAACGACCAAUGGCAAACGCAUUAAUAAAAAAGAAUCAAUCAUGAAAACUUCUGACGCUUUCAAUAAUGGUUUGUUGAAUACACUGAUAAGUAAGCAACAGAUAAUUAUUGAAGGCAUUAAUGAUAUUAAAGCAAAACUUGUUGACAAUGAUAAAAAACUGGAUCAGUCUUUAAGCAUUUCCAAUAAUAAUGUGGAAAAAGUGACAAUUAAUAAAAGAAAACUAGAGAUGGGUGAAGUUAAUUCUAUUGUGCAAGAUGUCUUUGACAUAUUAAUGAUACUUUACAUAGCUUUUAUUAUAACAGCAACUACCACCACUACUACAACAGGAAAGAAAAUACGCAGAACUCCUACAACUGGUCAUAGAUUAAAUGGUAAAUCAUUAUCAUCCAAGAAAAAAAAGAUUCCUUUAUCAUCUUUGUCAACAUUGCCUCCACCAUUACCACCAUUACCAUCACCUGCAACUUCUUUAACAUUUCAAAAAGUGGAUUAG